AUGGUGGUCGAUGCACUCUCGCGUCAGACAGAUACAGACCAUACAACAUCAAUGUUUUCUAUCCUAUCCAUACCUCACCCAAAAUUCUUGGACGAUUUGAAAAGAGAAUUAGCCUCAUCGGAGGAAUUUAAUGACCUCAAGACGCGUGUCACCAAGGAUCCCCAACAGCAUCCCGCGUUCAUUCUCAGAGAUGGCCUUUUACUGUACAAGGGGCGCAUUUGGAUUAACCGCGGCAACAAUUUCAUUGCUCUUCUCCUUGAGGAAUUUCACAAGUCUCCAUUGGGUGGCCACAUGGGCUUGGCCAAGACCCUCAGUCAACUAAAACAGAGCUUUUACUGGGAAGGUAUGCGUCAAGACAUGCAACAAUUCAUUAAACAAUGUGUGGAUUUCUUGCAAACCAAAUAUAUUCCUCAGAAAUCGGUGGGGCUCCUCCACCGUCGCGACUAUGAUAGGAUUUGGCUCUGGAUUUCAUUAUCGGCCUUCCCAAUUCUCAGGGAGUCACAAUUAUCAUGA